AUGACUUUCAUGUUAUACGUCGAAUUCGAUGCGACUUCUGAAUCAACGGCUGCCAUGAUACUUCAAUCGUUGUCCAAGAUGGCUGAUCUUGUUCAUCGCGAUCAUCCCAAAGUAUAUACCUAUGUAUUCCGACACGCCAGCAAAAGUAAAACAAAGCUUAUCUUUACUGAAAUCUAUGGAGACGAACAAGUAUUCCUUGCUCAUGGAUGUGAUGCGGAAUUUGGCAAACUUUUAUUAAAAGCUUUCGAUACUACAACAGGUAAAAGUGCAAAGGAAUUGUGUAUUCGAGAUGACAUCAAUAGUCCAUUGUCAAAGACAACUGCUGCCAUUCUCAAUGAAUAUCUGCAUGUUACUUAUAUUCCUGUUCAACGCGGGUUUCUCUAUGAGUCUUCAACUGAAAAAGGUCAAAUGGAGCUUCUCAUUGUGUGUACUGGAUGUGAUGAAAAUGUUUACGAACAGUUGAAUGCACUUGUUAGUUGUGUCACAUGUUUCACAUUUCAAGAAUCUGAUGGCAAUCGACAACUGAUUGGUGUGAUUACAAAGAUAUUAAGUGAGGAACAGCCAAUAAAAGACGAAAAACCAGCGAUUAAUACUAUGGAAAUCGUGUGUUCAAAUGAAGAAAGUAUUCGACAUUUUCAAAAGAUUAUCAAUAACUAUUUUCAAGUUCAAUCGGUAUCUGUUCAAACAAGCUUUAGCGGCUAUAUUCGGCACAAGUCUUUGUUAUAA